AGAAGCGCGUUCAGCGCUCCAUGCCUUCAGUCUAGCGGAGCGGGCGAUGGAUGUGAGAUUUUACCCUGCACCUCCUUCAAGCGUGGGCUCCUGUACAUUACCCACCGACACCAGCCUCUCCUCUCUGGACUAUUACCACUGCAACAAGAGCAGAUACAGUGUAGGAGAUCGCGGUGUUAGGCUGUACGGCGCUUUACCCGUGAGGCACAGCCCUGAGGAGAAAAGACUGCCCUCUUCAGGGUUUGAUGGUGACAACAUGUACAUGAGUGAGAACAACCAAGAGUUCCUCUCCCCGACUCAGCAGAGUUACUCAGGGCAGGGUGGGGGUAGUGGGGGCGGAGGUGGAGGCGGAGACGAGGAUUACGAGAUUCCUCCAAUCACACCACCCAAUCACCCGGAGCCGCCACUGCUGCACCUGAUGGACCCCGAGUCCAGCUACCUGUGCCACUCCAUCCCUCACAACGGCCUGAUCAACCCGUACUCGUACCCGGAGCUGCCCGCGCUCAUGAUGACCAACAUGCUGGCGCAGGACGGGCACCUGCUAUCCAGCCAGAUGCCCUCGAUGCCGGCGUAUGCGGGGCAGGUGGGCAGUCAUUACCCCCGUGCCCACCACAGCCCCAUGAUAAACCGCUCGGGCCGGAUUCUGCCCCAUCCCAUGAGCGCCCUGUCCCAGCUCAGCUCUCAGAUCGGCACCUUUACUCACGGUUCCCCAUCCUCCUCAGGAAGUCAGUCAGCCACGCCCUCACCCUCAAGCUCCGCCCAGGAAGAGGAAGCAAAGUACCAUGCAAAGAUCACAGGGGAGAAGCGGCCUUCCUCUGACAUGAUGAAGCCCAAACCCAAACCUCAGAAGAAGAAGAAGAAGAAGGACCCGAACGAGCCACAGAAGCCCGUGUCAGCGUACGCACUCUUCUUCAGGGACACUCAAGCCGCAAUCAAAGGACAAAACCCCAACGCCACUUUUGGAGACGUCUCGAAGAUUGUGGCCUCCAUGUGGGACAGUCUGGGAGAAGAACAGAAGCAGGCUUAUAAACGGAAAACAGAAGCAGCGAAGAAGGAGUAUCUGAAGGCUCUGGCUGCCUAUCGAGCCAGUCUGGUGUCCAAGACCUACAGUGACCCGGUGGAGAGCAAAAGCGCCCAAUCCAGUCAGCCAUCAUCCCACAUGAUGCCCCCCAAUGCGCCCCUGUACAGCGUCCCGCCCCAGCCCUCCUCCCCGUACCUGGGCCCGAGUCCCUUCCCGCUGUCAGACCUCCAGAGUUACGCUGCGGGAGCCCCCAGACACGGCCUGCCCCGCUCCGCCAUGCUGCCCGCGCUCAGUGCCUCCCCGCCGGCGUCUUUCCAGAUCAGCCCCCCGCUCCACCAGCAGCUCUCCCUGCACCAGGGCUCCAUCCUCAACCAGCCCAUCCGGAUGCAGCAGGUCCAGUCUCACCAGAUGAGUCUCCAGGCUCCGCUGCACUCCCCACCCCCAGGACAGCAGGGAUUCUCUCACUUACAGUCCGAGUACCAGAAGAGUGUGGGAGGGUCUCAGUCUCCAGGGGCCCCAAACCCCGGGGGUCAAAACCCAGACUGGGACAGCGAAUACUGCAACCGGGAAUGUGGCGGAAACCACUGCAGUGGCAGUAUGAUAGGCAGGGAUAAGCCACUCUACCUCACUUGAAGCAACACAAGGAGAACAGAAAGAGAAAAAGAUGAAACAACGCCAGGGAGUCCCUAAAACCACCACCACCACCACUUCUCCACCCUCCCCAGACAUCAUCAGUUUCCCUCAGUGUCAUUUUUGCAUUCGUUUUUAGAAGGAUGUGUGUGUGUACGCGUUCUGAAGACUACUAGUGAUCCUUUCAUUUUUGCCAAGCACUUAAAAAUGUACAGGCCUCUCUCCGCCAGAGACCUCAGAGAGCGCUCACCCCGUCUCUGAAUAAACCUAAAAGAAAACAACAACAAAAAAAAAAAGAUGUAUAUAACGGAAAAAAAUAAAGCAAACUACCAUUAAAACUGGCCCUCAGGGCAAAUGAGCUUUAACUAAAACAGAGGAACAACUCUCCUCGUAGUUUUCUCAGUUACUUUUCUCCUUGUCUCAUUUUAUUUUUUUUUUUUCUGAUGAUGAUGAUGAUGUUGUACUUUUUUAUUUAUUUCCUGCUUGCAACAUAGCGCUUCUUCUUUACUUUCGAGAAAAUACUCUUCUGAAGGCGAAUCAGUACACUGAUGUGAAUCUGUGAACUUUAGGCAAAAAAUAAAAACACAAAAAAACAUGAAUGGAAAAAACCAAUUGGUAAAUACGACUUCUUUUUUUGUAAUUUUAAAGACCCGCGUACUGUAGGUCUUUGUUGAUCUGUCACAGUGUGAUUGUAAAUAUCACUUUUUUUCGGGGCGGGGGGGUCAAAUUGGGAAGAUGAAGUCCAGAUAUUUUUUUCUUCUUUAAUAUGAUUCAUUGAUUUGUAUUUUAAAUGGUAUUUUGUGAAUGCGUGCCGGUGUGAAUGAAUGAGCGUGCGUGUGAGUGUAUUUGUGCGUUGUGUAACUGAACAGCCUGUGCAGGUGAUAUCAGAAGAGUGUUUCCACACGUACACAAUCUUGCAUUAAACUCACUGGUGUGAUUUCCCCAAAAAAAAAAAAAAAAAAAAAAGAUCUACGGCAAAAAGCAUGACUUGACUGCGUGACCUGGCUCUCCAUUUAGGCUCCCCAUUUUGAUUCUUGAUUCCUGCUUGACUUUGAGAUCGAAGAGCGCUCAUGUGAUUUGAUCAACAUAUUUGAUUCACUCUCAGGUUGUAAAACGUGAUAUAAAAGCAUGAAUGUUCCAGGUCAAAGGUUCGAAAUAUACAUUACGCAAGUACGCAGAUGCGAACGCUUGGUUUCCAAACACAAUUUCCAAAUGUUUGUGCCAUAAAGUCAAUGUUUAACUGAUCAUUCACUAAAUCUCUUUAGUAUUUUACUCCACCGACUGUAGAUUUUCUGCUAUAGUGCCCCUUGUGGCAACACAGAUAUUGCACCAAACACAGAACGCGUUUUGUUCCCGUCGUACUUGCGCAGAGUUUGUUUUGAACCCAACGCAGUACAUGAUUUAAAGCCCAAGUCAUUUCUUUUUGCCUGAUCUUGACUGAUGUUAAAUCCACCAUUAUAACAUGUAAAGGUGAACUAUAAUGUUCUCGAUGUGAGAUAAUACAGCACACAGUAAAACAACAGUGGGUCUAUAGUUUUCUAGUAGCUUUUUGCUAGAUGUUCUAUUGUGUUGAUCUCAUCUUUAAGUUUCGCGGGAAAAGAAAAAUUCAAUUACAUUUGCUCAUUUAGUCAGACGGUUUAUUUUAAUCGGUUUUUCUUUUCCUUUCUACUGUAGCAUACUGUUUUUAGUUGGAUUAAAAGAAUAACUUCUAAGACGUUUAAUUUGUGUACAAACCUGCCAAUUGUAGUUAUUUUAUUUGUAAAGUCAGCAAUGAUAAUUAUUUGAAGAAUCGUUAUCAGCGAGUUGCCCAUCAUUUAAUAUUUAAUAAUGUUUAACAGGUUUCUAUUUAUGAACAAAAUGAGAUCGAGUUUUGCUUAUAACUACAAUAUUUGAAAUCUAUUGUUUUGUUUUUGGAUUAUGAUGAUGAUGAUGACAAUUGCUUUUAUUUUGAUUUUUACUUUUUGAAUGCUGGUUUUUUUCUUUCCUUGCCAGCCAGGUCAUUUUGUGUCACUAUGCCUUUUUGUUUCAU